GGAAAAUUUCAUUAAUAUUAGUAUAUAGAAAAUGUAUUGUAUGUGUUCAAUCUAAUUCUGUGUUGUGACUUUAUUGUAGGUUAAAUAAUUGUAACUUAACAGACAAAAGCUGUUCAUCUCUGGCUGCAGUUCUUGGAUCAGACACCAAUCUGAAAGAGCUGAACAUGAACAAUAAUAAUCUGCAGGAUUUAGGAGUGAAGCUGCUCUGCACUGGACUGAAGAAUUUAAAGUGUAAAUUGGAGAUACUGAGGUUAAGAGACUGUGAUAUGACAGAUGAAGGUUGUUCUGAUGUGACUUCAGCUCUGAAAUCAAACCCAUCACACCUGAGAGAGCUGGACCUGAGCUGGAAUAAUCUAGGAAACUCUGGAGUGAAAAACCUCAGUGAUCUACUGAUGAACCCACAAUUCAAGCUGGAGAAACUACAUCUGUAUGGAUGCAUUACAGAGGAACAGAGUCUCAUCCUGACUUCAGCUCUGAAAUCAAACCCGUCACACCUGAGAGAGCUGGACCUGAGCAGGAAUAAACUAGGAAACACAGGAGUGAAGCACUUAUGUGCCGUACUGAAGGAUUCACACUGUAAACUGGAGAGAUUGAGGUUAAGAGACUGUGAUAUGACAGAUGAAGGUUGUUCUGAUGUGACUUCAGCUCUGAAAUCAAACCCGUCACACCUGAGAGAGCUGGACCUGAGCUGGAAUAAUCUAGGAAACUCUGGAGUGAAAAACCUCAGUGAUCUACUGAUGAACCCACAAUUCAAGCUGGAGAAACUACAUCUGUAUGGAUGCAGUAUUACAGAGAAACAGAGUCUCAUCCUGACUUCAGCUCUGAAAUCAAACCCGUCACACCUGAGAGAGCUGGACCUGAGCAGGAAUAAACUAGGAAACACAGGAGUGAAGCACUUAUGUGCCGUACUGAAGGAUUCACACUGUAAACUGGAGAGAUUGAGGUUAAGCUGCUGUUAUAUGACAGAUGAAGGUUGUUCUGAUGUGACUUCAGCUCUGAAAUCAAACCCGUCACACCUGAGAGAGCUGGACCUGAACAUGAAUGAACUAGGAGACUCUGGAGUGAAAAACCUCAGUGAUCUACUGAUGAACCCACAAUUCAAGCUGGAGAAACUACAUCUAUAUGACUGUGGCAUUACAGAUGUUUCUUCUUUAACUCAGUCUUUGACGAACUCAAAAGCUCUGCAGUUUUUAAAAGAGCUUGAUCUGAGUGACAAUGAGAUCGGAGACUCAAAGCAGCGGCUCAGAGACGAGCUACGAGACUCAAACUGUGUCCUGAGUGUAGAUAAAGAUCGAUUUUAAAACAUCAGUGGAUUUCCAUCAAGGUUUAAAUCAGUAAAACGGAGAUGAGAGGAGCAGAAACCAUCAGGUGAUCCACAGAAGAGUCUCACUGCUGUCUAUGAGGAGAAAUACAUGUGUAAAUGUGUUUCAUACAGGUGGAAGAGACUCAGACUUCACUAUUAAAUAAAGCAGCGUGUGUGUUAGCAUGCGUAUUAGAAACAUGUGAUAUUGAAUGAUUAAUGUUGGUUUAUUAUUCAGCCAAAUGAUGGUUUAGUUGUAAUUAAAGGUGGAACAGAGGAAGAAGCUCA